UUGCCAGAGCUCAGCGAGCCUAGAAGGAGCCAGUUGUUCGCGGCUUUUAUAGCCUCUAAUUAUUCAUUUUCACACCUGCAAGGCGGAAACUGUCUUUUCUUUGCAGAAGGUGAAACUCAGCAAAAGCCGGAUGGAGAAACCGGCAAUCUCUGGGAGCGGGUGUGGAAUGAGAAAGCCAACUCAGCCCACGGAAAGGGAGCCACUCGCAGGAUUUUUUGUUAGUUUUUAAGGCAAAUACGAUCUUCGAAAGGGAGUCAGUGAACCAUAAAGGAGGUGACACCAGAGCUUCCAGGGAUAUUUGAAGCACCAUCCUUUCCAUUCCUGGGCACUUCCACAGCGCUGGCAACGGCACGGGUCACAUGCUCCCCGAAGAGAGGUUACCGAGCUCCCUUCCCGAGCGCUCUGUGGAGUCAGAAAGGAGGAGGAGGAAAAAGGAGAAGAAGGAGGAAGAGUGGAAAGAGGAGGAGAAUACUCCAAGGAAGAGGAAGAGAACACAAAGAGUAAAGGUUCUCAGAGCGGGAGCUUUGUAACUGCAACCAUGUGUGUGGAGCGGCUCAGCCAAUUAGUGACCCUGGCGUUUGUGCUGGCCAGCUUCGAUCCCGUGCUGGGGACUGAAGCCACUAACCCACCCGAAGGGACGCAGGACAGAGCCUCUCCGCAGAAAGGGCGGCUCUCCCUGCAAAACACAGCGGAAAUCCAGCAUUGUUUGGUAAAUGCUGGCGACGUGGGAUGUGGAGUAUUUGAGUGCUUUGAAAACAACUCUUGUGAGAUUCGAGGUUUGCAUGAUAUUUGCAUGACCUUCCUGCACAACGCUGGAAAAUUUGAUGCCCAGGGUAAGUCCUUCAUCAAAGACGCCCUGAAGUGCAAAGCCCACGGCCUGAGGCACAAGUUCAGCUGCAUCAGCCGGAAGUGCCCCGCCAUCAAGGAGAUGGUGUUCCAGUUACAGCGGGAGUGCUACCUAAAACACAACCUCUGCUCUGCUGCCAAAGAGAACAUGCAAGUGAUGGUGGAGAUGAUUCAUUUCAAAGACCUGCUAGUGCACGAACCCUAUGUAGACCUGGUGAACAUGCUGCUGACCUGUGGGGAAGAGGUGAAGGAGGCCAUCAGCCGAAGCGUGCAGGCUCAGUGUGAACAGAACUGGGGGAGCCUUUGUUCCAUCUUGAGCUUCUGCACCUCAGCUGCUCAGGGGGAGCCAGCAGCCACUCCUGAUAGACAGCUGCAGACCGAGGGAUCCAGGGCCAUCCGGGCUCAUCCGGGGGAUCUAGGCUACCACCUCCCAGAAUCAAGUGGGAGGGAUGUUUCUAGAGGUGUCAAGGGGGAAAAAGGUAGCAAGACUCACCCAAAUGCCCACCUCCAUGGCAAAGCUGGGGGCCAUGGAGCCCAGGGAUCCCAGGGAAGCAAUGAGUGGGAGGAGGAACGGGCUGAGUAUUCAGAUAUCCGAAGGUGAAAAGACACACAGGUGGUCAUGAAAUCUUUCCUCCAUACUGUCCAUUUUCUUAUCUAUGGACAUUCCAAAACAUUUACCAUUAAAGAGGGGGGGAUGUCACAUGCAGGGUAUUAAGGGAAUCGUGGACUUCAUCACAGGUAUAUAAAGAAGUUGGAAGGGCAGCUGAGAUGGAGAGCCCGAGAGCAGCCAGCUCUUGGCCGUGCCUGGUGAAUUCAGCACUUACACAUAUUCAAGUGAGCGCUCCUAGCGUUGUCCUCAUUUUAACUUUUGUCUUCUUUUGAGCAAUAGGGCCAAAUGGGCGUCAGUCUGAUGGUUCGCUCUGUUGUGGGGAUGGGGAAGGGGAGUGUGAAUUGGGGAGGGGGGAGGGUCAUGGCUGGGCAUUUCCACCUGGGCCCAGCCAUCUCACCAACACUAGGCUCAGCUUUGUGGCUUUUGGUGCUGGCUUCCCAAAGAGUGGUUGGGUUCCCUAGAUCCAGCUGUGAAUGUCAAGUCAUCACUGGGGAUUCGGGGAAGAAGAAGGGCUGAGAGGAAGAGUCAGCCGUGAUACUUGGUGCCAAGCUGACAUUCGGUUUCUUGCCCAGGUCCUCAAAUGCAGAGAACUCUGGGUUUUGUUCUGAGCCAUUGUUCCCUGUAUGGGUGAAACUGCCUGAUCAAGUGGCCCCCAUGUGUAUCUUAACCACUGCUUUACUUCACAAUUUGGCUUUUUAUUUAUCCAAUGACAUCUACUUGUCUGUUGUCUAAAUAAAUGGCUUUUAAACAAGGCUACUGGGUCAUUAAAACCAUGGGAUCAUAGGAGUCAGCUGGAAAAGACCUUAGAAAUCAUCUGUUUCUGUCAUCUAAAUAAAUGAUGUUUAGACAAGACAGCUAGGUCAUUAAAAAGCAUAGGUUGUGGAACUAGGAGGGACCUUUAAAAGGAUCUAGUCCAAUCAUUUCAUUUUAUGGAGCAGGAAACUAAGACCCAGGAAAGUUAAGUAAAUUGCUCAAGGUCAUACAAGAAGUCAGUUACUGAGCUGCGAUUCUAGCCUAUGUCUUCUGACUCCAAAUCUAGGGCUCUGUCCACCACCAUUACUGCCUGUUAGUUUUUCUUUCUUUUUCCCCCCAGUCUGACCAACAUUUAUUUAGGCACCUACUACAAUCCGAAGCACUGUGCUAUGACCCAAUGUAUAUGAUGCAAACAUACACUGUUUUGUUUUCAUUUUUCAAAAGUGAUCUUUAAACCAUUGGUAGAAUUCAGGCAAAAGCCCUGUAAAUGAAUGUAUAACUAGUGUAGACUGUUAGCCCCUUAGGAAAGGGCCUUCCAAUUGAGGAAAGAAGCGCUCUCGAGUGUACGCGCACUUACAUGGCAUCUGGGAGAGCCUCUCUAAUUGUGUUUCUCCCUGUUAUAAGAUUGCUAAGUUCCCUGGAGCUGUGUCUAAAACUGGGGUCUAUGCUGCCAAAAUCCAAGAAGAGGGAAAACAAAAGGUGUGUUCUUGGCUAGCCUAGAUGGGGGAGAGCUUACUUUUGGGGGAAGACUGUCUGUUUUGAGGAGAGACUGAUAUUAAAUUUCCAAGGAAGGGGAGUCGAAGGUUUGCAGUAAGGAAGCAAGUCAACAUGAAGAGUGAAAGGAAACAGUAGGCUUAAGCCCACUGUCACUAUUAAUGGAUUUAUGAUUCAAACUCCUCUCUUCCUAGCUCUUUGCCCUCUAGACUAUCAGAUAAAAAUUAAUCCUUUCUUGCCUCUACUGCAUAUUACCCCAGGCUACUACAGGAGCUCAGGGGGCUCCUGGUGUAGCUUCUUUCUUCCCCUAGGAAGAGAGUCCAAAAUAUUUCUGUCCAAGAUGUACACAUCAGCACAUUGGGUCUCCCUUAGAAGAAUCUUCAGGAUAGGGCAGAAAAGGAGAAGCCAAAGCUCAGGUUCCUUCUGCAUCUAAGUGUCUCCACUGCCAAAGGCUAGUCUUAAGGGUCCCAACACCCUCUACCCCUAGCUCAAUCUUUGUCAUCUCACCCCUUGCAUGGUCCACAGCUCCACUGGACUGGAAGGAAGCUUCACCAAGACUAGCUUUUGCCUAAUAAAACCACAUUCUGCUGCCAGGAAAACCAAGGACUGAUUACUGAGCUCCUCGUGCCACUGCCUUAAUUGGGGAGGAAUAAGCCCAUCUGGGGCUCCCCCAUUAUUUUGCAGGCCACCUGAGCAGAAUGAUUUUGAUUGCCAGAGAUGUAGCCAUGACUCUUGCAUUGAUCAGCUGGCUCCCAGUUUCCUGGUGUUGGGCUUGUCUGCGGCAUGACUUUUUCUGUUUCCUCAGUGUAAAAACAUUGUAUUCAUUCAUCUACUGGUGUCUCAUGUCAUUGCUGCAAUUGUAAAUACUUAAUCUCUGUAUUUAUUAUUUUCCUGUCUUCAUUUCAGAUAUAAAUGGCUUACUCUGGAAAUUUAA